GGGAAGGAAGGGCCGCGCCGUGCCGCCCCGCUCUGCUCUGCUCCGCCGGGCCGGGCGGGGCUCAGGAUGGCCGUGCCCGAGCCGCCCUCCUAGUUCCGCGCUUCUCUUGGCAGGUUGGGGGUGAGCAAGGAGCAGCGCCUGCGAAAAGUAGCCAUGGAUCUGGAUCGGCUGCCUCCGAGCGCCCUGCGCUUCCCCGGCUGGAACGGGACCCCCCUGCCUUUCUCCCGGGGCGUCGGCGGGCCGGAAGAGUCGGACAGGAGCGCCUCUCUCGAAAGCGGCUACCUCAGCCUGCGGGGCUGCAUCCCCGAGCGGAGCGGCGGACCCGGCGGGGCCGAUCCCGACCCGUGGAGUGCCCUGGAUCAGGGCCAGGCGGAGCAGCGGCGGAAAGUGGAGUUCUUCCGCAAGCUGGGCUACUCCGCGGAAGAGGUCUUGGGCGCCCUGCAGAAGCACGGCUUGGAGGCGGACACCAACACCGUCCUCGGGGAGCUGGUGAAGCACGGCGCGGCCCUGGCGGAGAGGGAGCCUUUCCGGCCGCUCGAGGAGGCUGCUGAGGCCCCGCCGGUUCCGAGGGCACCUCCCGUCCCCGGCAGCCCCCCAGCCCUGCCUGUGCCUUCGGAAGAGGAGGAGGGGGACCACUUGCGUCCAGUCGUGAUUGAUGGGAGCAACGUGGCCAUGAGUCACGGAGACAAAGACACCUUCUCCUGCCGAGGCAUCCUGCUGGCUGUGAGCUGGUUUCUUGACCGAGGACACAAGGACGUCACGGUCUUUGUCCCGUCCUGGAGAAAAGAGCAGCCGCGGCCUGAUGUUGCCAUCGCAGACCAGCACAUCCUCCAUGAUCUUGAGAAGAAGAGCAUCCUUGUCUUCACUCCUUCCCGGCGCGUGGGACGCAAGCGGGUGGUCUGCUACGACGACCGCUUCAUUGUGAAGUUGGCCCAUGAGUCGGAUGGCAUUGUGGUUUCAAAUGAUGUCUACAGGGAUCUGCAAGCGGAACGGCCAGAGUGGAAGAAGUUCAUUGAGGAACGCUUGCUUAUGUAUUCGUUUGUCAAUGACAAGUUCAUGCCCCCUGAUGACCCCUUGGGGCGCCAUGGACCCAGCCUGGAUGAUUUUCUGAGGAAGACGCCAGCAGCACCUGAGCAGAAACAGCAGCAGUGCCCUUAUGGCAAGAAGUGCACGUACGGAAUCAAGUGCAAGUUCUACCACCCUGGGCGGCUGCACCAGCUGCAGCGCUCAGUUGCCGAUGAGCUCCGGGCCAACGCCAGGCUCUCCCCCCCCCGGGGCACGCCAGCCACUGAGGAGGAGAGGGGGUGUUGGAGAUCCUCCCAUGGGGAUGUCUGGGGCUCUGCAUCCACAGAGGGGGAGAACAUCCCCUUGCCAAAAGCGUUGGCUGAGAAGACUAGCGCCACCCAUAAAGCCAGGCAUGGCGAUGUGCCACCCCCCUUCCUCAGAGGGGAUGCCUGCGGAGUCCCCACCCGGAAGAGUCACACCUACAGGAGCCCAGGUCAGUACCAGCUGCCUCCUGGGGACACCCUCACCCACAUUUCUCAAGAUCACCUUGACUCGGGCAUUGGCUCCCUGGAAAGCCAGCUCUCUGAGAUGUGGCCCAGCCCCGCAGGCAGCCACAUCAAGGGGGCCCAGCAAGGGCUGCUGGGCGGGGGCAGCUGCAGGGGGCAGGGGCCUGCCUAUCAGGUCCCUCCUGGCCCUGAACACAGGAGUUGUUACGGCCAGUACCUGCCGCAGAGCUUUCUGCCGUAUGGUGCAGAAGCACCCCCUUCUGGCCAGGUUGCUCCUCAUUCUUUCCCUGGGUACGGUGUGCCCGACUCCUCUCUGGGCCCUGGACGCAAGUACUGGUCUGAGCCAUACCAUCCAGGGCCUGUGGUGCGCCAAGACCUGCCAAGGGCUCGCUGCCUGGCCUACAAGGACCCCUCGUGCCAUUGGGCCACCCCUGACGGUUUCGCAGAAGAACGCGCAAAGGUGCACAUCAAGCUUUGUGGGAUCUUCCACCCUCACCUGGUGGACGCUGUGAUGAGCCGCUUCCCGCAGCUCUUGGAUCCUCAGCAGCUGGCUGCCGAAAUCCUCACAUACAAGACCCAGCAUCCCGGGGUGUGAUGCCACCAGAGGAGGGAAGCCCAACUGUGGGGGGCAGGGGUGGAAUAUCCUUCUCUGCCCGCAGACCUUCACCAUCCAGCCAUCACUCACAGAGGGCAGGCACCAGGCUUGUUGGCAGCUCAGGUGGGAUGAAAAGGUCUGCCUCAAGCAAUCCAAGGAAGUGCCCCAGGAACCAUAAUGCUGUCUUUCUCAUGCCACACAGAGGCUCUCCGGUGUUCUUUCUGGAGCCCCAGCUGCCCAGUCUGCUUGUUGGCACCAAGCUUCUCUGACCUGGGAUGGUUUGUGCCAGGCAGAAUGCAGGCAGCAACCCAGAAGGGGCACUCGGCCCUGCUGGCACUAAGGGCGUCUCUCUCUCCUGGUAGCGGCUGCUGGGAAGAGUCCCGCCUUGGGUCGAUACGGGAAAGAACGACGGAGCAAGGUCCCAGGCGUGGCCAGUCACAAAACAAGUCAGAGGGAGGAAAGAGGUCCGGGGCACCCUGCAGACUCCACUGUGGAGGAGCAAACCGAGCCGGAUUUGCAGUCCUGCCAGCGCUGCUUCUGGGUGGCCCGGAAACCCUUCCUUGCUUUAGCCAGUGGCAGGCACAGCCAGAGGGACAUGGCAGCGGUCUCUCUUCAUCACCUUGCAUGGCCUGUGGUGGGGAAAAUGCUUCUGCAGUCCGUCACUCAGGUUUGGGAUACUGUUCUCUCCACCUCAAGAGCACAAGGACGACUGUCCAGAGGGGUGGAAACUGACAGCUGGGGAGGGGAUUCUGGAGGGCUUCCAGCUCCUCUGUUGGUUUGGUUGUCCCAGUGGUCUCCUUUCCCUUGGAACAUGCUAUUCUGUGUUCUUGGAUUGCGAAGCAUAACAUUUCAUUUUGAGCCAGAAUUCAGCUGUCAUUUGACCUCCCCAAAGUUCCGUGUUACUAUUCCAGAAUAAGAUUUGAAAAUCUUAUUCUGGAAUAGUAAUAGAUUUGAAAAUCUUAUUCUGGAAUAGGUAUUCUGGAAUGCCUAAGGCCUUCCAGUCAUUUCGUCUCUCCUGGAACAAGCCAUGAGGCUGCUCUGCACCCAUCCUCACUCUUCCGGUGUUGACUUUGGCAAACAAGCAGGCAAGCUGAGGGAUGGAUUGGGCUGCCUUUGCCCCAGUAGGCUGGGUGCCCUGAGCUUUGGGCACUUCCCUCCUCUGCUCUCAGAGGGUGAUGGCUUCUGCCCUGAGAUGGAGCGGCAGCUCUGAAGAUGCUCUGUGGGGCAUCUUAGCAACAUUAAGAGUUAGAAAAAGCAGUUUGUAACUUAAACACUGUCACAGAUCCCAAGACUAACUGCAUAGCUCUUUAAUGUGAAACCAGGUGGCUUUCUAGAAAAGGCACUUGCUUGAUCUGACUUGGGAUUUUGGAGAAUCUCUUUUUAGGGCGACGCGUGUUGGGCAACUUGCUUGCCUCUGACAGCUCAGAAGACACUCUUGACACUCCAUUCCUUUCUCAGUGGCUGUAGAAAGGCCCACCUGAAACUUGGGGGGGAGACUAUGUUUAGCUUAUCCUUUUCUAAUGGCUCAGUCUUGAUGAUUGGUAAGUCCAAUAUUAACCGUUACAGAUACUUUUGGUAACGAAUUUGCAACAAUUGUUCUGGUCCCUGCCCUUUUCAGAAUACAUGCGAUUCACUUGCAGGCCAGAGCAGUUGAUCAGUUGAUGCACGUUGCAUCUUCCUCUUCAGUGGCUCUUUGAGUGGUUGAUGCUGAAGUCAUCCCGGGAGCAACAGGGCAGAAGCCCGUGUGGGGACCUGGCAGUCCCACCAGGCCCUGCUCCUCUCCUCCCAAGCGCCCUGGAGAUCAGCCAGCCAGGCCAGCACCAUGUGCUGCAGAGACCACGUGGCCAAAGAAAACCUGUGUACUUGGUUAAUUACGACCCAUCACAGAAAUGUGGUAUUUCAUGUUAGUAAGCAAAAUGCUUCUUAAUAAUCAUUUAUAAUCGUAUAACUUUGCACACUUGUAAAUUACAAGAGAUGUGGUUUUUAAUGAACUGCUAUUGUGAGGCUGCUUUGGUGAUGGCUGGUCUUGCUUUAUUCUGCCCUAGGCAGAGUUGCAGUCAAGUAAAAAAAUAAACCAGCCUUGAACCU